GGGUCUCCAAGGGAGUGUCCCACCAGAGAAGAGAAGGAAUGAGCGCGUCGUGAAUUUCAGACUGUUGCUGCUGCACCUGGACCUCUAGUGAGAUGCCUGGCAAGAGCUAGGCUCCCUGGGCCACACGGAUCCAGUCAGCACGCUUGGGGAGAGCAAGAUGGCUGUCAACAGCACUGCCCUGUUGUUGGCCAAGGUUACCUACAUCACCGUGGAGACUGUUAUCGGGCUCUGUGCCAUAGUGGGCAACGUGCUGGUCAUCUGGGUGGUCAAGCUGAACCCCAGCCUGCAGACCACCACAUUCUAUUUCAUUGUCUCCCUGGCCCUGGCUGACAUCGCUGUUGGGGUGCUCGUCAUGCCUUUGGCCAUUGUCAUCAGCCUGGGCAUCACCAUCGACUUUUACAACUGCCUUUUCAUGACCUGCUUGCUGCUGAUCUUCACUCAUGCUUCCAUCAUGUCCCUGCUGGCCAUUGCUGUGGACCGAUACCUGCGAGUCAAACUCACAGUCAGAUACAGGAGGAUCACCACUCAAAGAAGAAUAUGGUUGGCCCUGGGCCUUUGCUGGCUGGUGUCGUUCCUGGUGGGACUGACGCCCAUGUUUGGCUGGAACACGAAAUUGACCUCAGAGUACCCCAGAAAUGUUACCUUCCUUUCCUGCCAGUUCCGUUCUGUCGUGAGGAUGGACUACAUGGUCUACUUCAGCUUCUUCACUUGGAUUUUAAUCCCCCUGAUUGUCAUGUGCGCCAUCUAUCUUGACAUAUUCUACAUCAUCCGGAACAAACUCAAUCAGAACUUUUCGAGUUCCAAAGAGACAGGUGCAUUUUAUGGACGGGAGUUCAAGACGGCCAAGUCUCUGUUUCUGGUUCUCUUCCUGUUUGCUUUGUCCUGGCUGCCUUUGUCCAUCAUCAACUGUAUCACCUACUUUCAUGGUGAGGUGUCACAGAUUUUUCUGUACUUGGGCAUUCUGCUCUCCCAUGCUAACUCCAUGAUGAACCCUAUUGUCUAUGCUUUUAAAAUAAAGAAGUUCAAAGAGACCUAUCUUUUGAUCCUCAAAACCUGUAUGAUCUGCCAGUCCUCUGAUUCCUUGGACCCAAGCAAGGAUCAGACCUCUGAGUAGUUAUCUGGGAAAGAUGACUCUUCACCCCAUUGACCUUUGGAUUCAGCAUCAGUAAACACUUGAGGACCUAUCCACCUGAGCCAGGGGCUUUCACGUCCUUAAUUUCUUCUACUGAGGUGGGGAUCAUUUGACUGGCUGCCUCCACUUGUACCUCCCCUAAAGCCCCUUCCUAUAAUCUAAUUGUUUUCUUGUCUUUCUUCUCUGGUUCAAUGUUCUGCAUGCCUGACUCAAGGAGAAUGUUUUACUGUUACUACUGCCUGUGUUCCUCCUCCCCAAACAGGAGGAGAAGUCAGUCUGAAGGAUGCCCGUUGACUUAACUGAUGAAAGGUCCCAAUCCCGCUGGACAUGGGUGUGGUGGUGACUCCGUUCCACUCCAUUGUGGAACCACACCAGCACACGCCGGGGAGAUGGUAGGAACAGAGUGUCACAAAGGGGGACUGAAACUGCUGAGUUCACCUGUAACUGUAUUUGAGUAAAUAAAA